CGCCACUAGGGGAGGGCCGCAGAGGAGCGCAAGCGUACUGCGUUACUAGUCUCGGGACCCCUUUCCGAGAGACUAUGGCGCUCAACAAGAAUCACUCGGAGGGCGGCGGAGUGAUCGUCAACAACACCGAGAGCAUCCUCAUGUCCUAUGACCAUGUGGAACUUACAUUCAGUGACAUGAGGAAUGUUCCAGAGGCCUUCAAAGGGACCAAGAAGGGCACCGUCUACCUUACCCCUUACCGGGUCAUCUUUCUGUCCAAGGGGAAGGAUGCUAUGCAGUCCUUCAUGAUGCCCUUUUAUCUGAUGAAGGACUGUGAGAUCAAGCAACCUGUGUUUGGCGCAAACUACAUCAAGGGAACAGUGAAGGCAGAGGCAGGAGGUGGCUGGGAAGGCUCUGCUUCGUACAAGCUGACCUUCGCGGCAGGGGGCGCCAUCGAGUUUGGACAGCGGAUGCUACAGGUGGCGUCUCAAGCCUCCCGAGGCGAAGCCCCCACUGGAGCCUAUGGGUACUCCUACCUGCCCAGCGGGGCCUAUGUCUUUCCCCCGCCAGUCGCCAAUGGAAUGUACCCCUGCCCUCCUGGCUACCCUUACCCACCGCCCCCACCUGAGUUCUACCCGGGACCUCCCAUGAUGGACGGGGCCAUGGGAUAUGUGCAUCCCCCACCACCGCCCUACCCUGGGCCCAUGGAGCCGCCGGUCAGUGCGCCUGAUGUCCCCGCCACUCCUGCAGCCGAAGCCAAGGCCGCAGAAGCAGCUGCCAGCGCCUAUUACGACCCGGGCAACCCACACAACGUCUACAUGCCCAUGAACCAGCCUCCACCACCUCCCUACUACCCCCCGGAAGAUAAGAAGACCCAGUAGACCCCUCGCCCCUGCCUCCUGCCUCCCAUUGCUCGUCCCUUCCCCUCGCCUCGGGGCCACAUCUGGGGAGGGGGUGAAUGAAGGGAGGGACGUGCUUUCUCUCCAGGUCUGAUUAUAAAACACUCAACAGGAACCGGCGUUGACAGAAGGGAGGGGCCCCUGGACUGGAGCUGCGCCUCCAGCUGCCCACACUAGCGCAGAGCCCAGGCGUGCUCUGCACUCCUCCCUCUCAGCCUCUCCGGGGCUCUCCUCGGGAGCGCAGGGUGUCCCCCAUGUUCCUGUCUUGUUCCAGAAGCUUCUACCCACUGAGGGACUCUCUGGCCACCUCCUCUGCCGCAGUCCAGCGCUCUCGUUCAUCCUCACUUUAUCCUCAGCCUCUGGUCCUCCCGAGGGCCUGUCAGCCCAGCUCACACUCCUGCACCCCAGUCCGGGCCCAGCCGUGGGGCCACCUUCUGCCCAAUUAGCCUACAUUCCACGCCUCGCCAGCCCCCCGCCCCUGUCACACCUGCCUUCCCUGCCCUGUCCCUGGUCAUUCUGUGGCCUCCACUGUGUGACUUUGGGAGCUUUAACGGGAGCCUCCAAGGGGGUGGGUAGCGUCAGGGCUAGGCCCUCUGCUCCCCUGCUGGUGUUUGUAGAAUUCGUUUCCCUCUGCCUUCUCUCUCUCCCAUCUGGAAGGGGCUCCUGGAGCCGGAGAGUGCACAUCUGUCCCAGCAUGCCACGGGGAGGCUGAGGACCGGCCAGGGGGCGUGCUGCCCACACCUCCCGGCAGCCCCUGUGCCCUCCCCUCUGAGCUUCACGCCUGGGUGGCGCCAUGCCCCUGGGUGCACCCCGAUGUGCUCUCAUUCACUCCUGGACUUGGCGUGAACUGAGGAGAUGGUUAUUUAAAGAGGCUUCCCUAUUUAUUUGACCAAAAAAAUCCAGUUAAUAUAUUGAUGUAAAAUAAACCCUGUUUGCACCUUGAUUUGUUUGCUGAAAAUGUGAAGUAGUAAAAAUGAAGUA